AUGACACACCCAACGCACCUUUCCCCCAGCGAACUGGGCACAAAAGAAUACUGGGAAUCGUUCUACGAACGAUCCCUCUCUCAUUUAAAAUGUGAGCACGAAGACGAGCAUGGAGACUCGGAUUCCGACUCGGACGACUCCUUCGACGACGAUCUCGGCACCUCAUGGUUCUCAGAGCACCGCGCCCCGGAGAAAGUAAUGGGGUAUUUGACCUCGACGGGAUUCCCUCUCUCGAGCAACAGUACGGCUACGGUUCUCGAUCUCGGGACGGGCAACGGGAGCAUGCUCGCUCUACUCCGCAAACAUUUCUCCGGCACGAUGGUUGGGGUGGAUUACUCUGCGCAGAGCGUCAUGCUGGCACGCCAAUUACAUGCGGACAAGAACAUCCGAUUCGAGGAGUUUGAUCUUCUCUCUUCUUCUCCUUCUUCUUCUUCUUCUUCUUCUUCCGAACACCCCCCCUGGUUUGUGGAGGGUGGGUUCGAUAUAGUGCUCGACAAGGGGACUUUCGAUGCCAUCUCGCUCUGCGAGGAGGUACGGGCCGGAAAACGCGUGUGUGAGCUGUACCCCUUGCUCACGUCUGGGUUGGUGCGUCGCGGCGGGUUUUUGGUUGUCACGAGCUGUAACUGGACGGAGGAGGAGUUGAUUAAAUGGUUCACGGGUGUCAAUACCGAUGCUGAUGCAGGCGAGACGCCUCUGUUUUCUGUCUUUGGGCGGGUUGCGUAUCCUCGUUUCCGGUUUGGGGGGCAAGAAGGUCAGGCUCAGACCUCAGCAUGUGCCUUGGUGCCUCUCCUAGACUCGUCGAUCGUUCCUGAUAAACCAACCAUGGCUGACGGGAAGACCUUAGUUAACUAUUACCCAGAUGAUGAGUGCGUCUUUUUCUUCUAG